UAGAAAAAGUGGAAAUUUAUUUGGGAGGGUUUAAGGGCUGGAAUCUGAGUUCCCUGCAACAACAGAAUUGCAAUUGCAAUGGCGUCCCUCUCGAAUUGGUUUCGCUACGCCUCUAGCAAAGUCGGCUACUCUAUCUCUCUCUACCAGAAGACCCAUGGACGCGUGGAUGCUAAAAGCUUUGAUACCAUAAUGAAAACUAUUCUGGUAGGGAAGCUGACUUUUUUGCAUCAGAAUAAAUCAGAAGAUGUGUCUCCAACAAUCGGGACUGAAGCUGGAACUUUUCUUGUUCGGAGAAUUCCACAUGCAGAUCCAACAAAUGUUUUUGUUGGAGACUUGGUAGUGUUGAAGGACCCCAUGAACUCAGACAAGUAUCUGGUUCGAAGGUUAGCUGCCGUUGAGGGACACGAAAUGGCUUCAACUGAUGAAAAAGAUGAACCUUUCAUUCUUGAGGAUAACGAGUGCUGGGUUCUAGCUGACAAUGAAGACCUAAAACCCAAGGACUCCUAUGAUAGUCGAUCAUUUGGUCCGGUUACUCUGAGUGACAUUAUUGGUAGAGCUAUAUAUUGCCUAAAGAACGAUGUAGAUCACGGGCCUGUGAAUAAUAGUGAUCUCAGUGCAAAUGAGGAUUCUCCUGUACUGGCGGUGGAACUUGACGUUGACGAGCUGAAGAAGAAUAACAGACGGUAAAUUUGCAGAAGUAUCAUCCACGAAGUUUUCUCAAAUUUCCGGCUUGAAAUAAAUGUGAUAAAUUAACUGAAACAUUAAUCUUUAUGGAUGGUAAUCCACCGAGGUCUUCCCUGGGAAAGAUAUCUUCGCUUCGUCUUGAAAUUGCUUCGCUUCGUCUUGAAAUUGCAACGAGCAUAAUAUUCACAUUGAGUUCA